AUGGCAGCUCAAAACUAUCACACUAUAUUGAGUCAAAAAGAAAGAGUGAAUUGGAUCAAAUUUGGUAAUGCAAAUACUGAAUUCUUCCAUACUCAAAUUAAACUCAGACAGGCAAAGAAUAAUAUUGCAAAACUUGAAGAUACUUCUGCAAUUCCUGAUAUUGUCAACUCAGAAGAUAAUAAAAUACUAGAGAAGAUUCCUUCUCAAGAAGAAAUUAAAGAGGCAGUUUUUUGUCUUAAUCAAGAUGGUGCUCCUGGACCAGAUGGUUACGCUGGUAUUUUCUACAGAGAGGCUUGGAAUAUUAUAAAAGAAGAUCUGACAAAUGUUAUACAAUUCUGUUGGAGCAAUCAAUUAAUUCCUUCUGGUCUAAAUUCAAAUUUUCUUAUCCUUCUGCCAAAGAUUCAAGGUGCAAAAAAAGCUUCACAGUUCAGACCUAUUGGUCUAAGUAACUUUUGUUUCAAGAUAUUUACAAAGAUUCCAACUAUAAGAAUGAGCAACUUAAUACAAAAAAUUAUUUAUCCACAACAAUGUGCUUUCAUCAAAGGAAGAAACAUACAUGAACAAGUCUUAUUAGCAUCAGAACUUGUUAAUGAAAUGAAUACUAAUAUAAAAGGUGGAAAUGUGGCCUUAAAGUUGAAUAUAUCUCAAACUUAUGGCACUGUAAGCUGGGAUUACUUAAUAGCAGUGCUAAAAAAAUAUGGGAGAGAAUUACAAAUUGGAUUUUGGUGCUUCUAA